CGCCUUUUCCAAUUACAUGACCAUAGAUUUUGUUGAAGUAGCUGCAGAUUUUUUUUCAUGUUUUUGCCUUUAUGCAAAUUGCUAUUUACUUAGAUCCUCUAUUUUGCUAAAGCUCUUAAUUUUAUUUAUCUAUGUUUAGGGAUGGCAUCCUCCAGUACCAUCUUCAAAUAUCCUCCUCGCCUCUAUGACGAAGGAAAAUCUAUUUUGCAACACCAUAGCAUGAACCACAACUGUUAUUUGUCGAAAAUUGGGCUCAUUCGAGAAGGAUUAGGUCAGGACGUGUGGGACAAAUUGAAGGAAUCAUCUCUUGGUGUAUUUAUAAAGCUUGCUGAUGCGGAAUACACAUGGGCUGCAAAGAAGGUUCACUUUAUCCUCACAAAUCAGCUGCGAGUAAACAACUUGCAUGAGAUUUGGUCUUUGAUUGAUGGUAGACCAAUCCGAUUCUCUUUAAAUGAGUUUGCGGGUAUAACAGCUAAUUGUGGUGUUAUUGAGCCGUCAGACAUUUGCCAAGCUGAUCACAGUGAGCUUUGGGAAGCAAUGAAAGUGGGAACCUCUGACGGUCCUAUGUUUACAGAGCUGCAAAAAGUGAUGGAUUUUAGCAAGGCGUGGGUGUUUGAAAAGAGAAUGAUGGUUGCUAGGUUGUGCUUAUUAUCUGUGGCAGUACAUGGCAUACAUCACGAAUCAAGAAUCCCCUUGUCUAGUGCUAGAAGAGUUCUUGAUCCUGUGGGUUUUGAGAAAUAUCCUUGGGGUCGAGUGGCUUUUGAUAGUCUAGUAACCUUAGUGAAGCUUGUUAAAUAUGACCAAGAGUCCUAUGUUAUUUACGGAUGCGUUCAUGCUUUGCUGAUUUGGUUGUAUGAGAGUGUCCGAAUAGGAGAGGAUUAUGGGAUGAGAAGACCUACAUUGACGGGUGUUCCACUACUCGAUUGGCAGUCAACUCGGAAAGGUAUAAAGUUAAAAGAAUUCCUCAUAAAGGAGAAGACUAAGCAUGGUCAGAUGCGUGUAAGGCACAUGAUUCAUGUUUCAGAGGAUAACAUGUACCCUAAAUGGGGAAAUGCUGAUGCUGAUGCGAAUAAGGAUCCAUUACUAGACAACCUGAUUAAAGAUAUCAUCACUAACCAGUUACCUUUGAAUGCUUGGGAUGGUGUGGGCUCUAUUGCUGUUGCAAACAAGAAUGUGGCAAAGAAGAAAAGAAAAUUAUACAUUGAAGCUGAGGACGAUGCAGCAGAGAAGAAGAGCAUCUUCGAUAUUUGGAAAAUGUUGGAAACAAUUAAUGGGACAAUUUCAGAACUAGACAAGAACAUGAGGACUAGAAUGGAUGCUUUGGAGAACAAAUUUGAAUCCCUGGUUACUAAGAGAGUUAGUGACGUAGAUGUGAAGGAAAUGAAAGAAUGUCUAUUAUUGACACUAUUACUUAUUUUAAUUUUGCAGUCUUGGGUAGUAGAGGAGAAUCCUACUUCACAUGAUGGUUUGCCUAUUCAAAGAGUGGUGAAGAAAGUCUAUACAGUGAGAAAGAAGAAAAAGAAAGAAGGUGAAAUAUCUGGUGAUCUUAUCUUAUUUGAAAAGAAAGAUGGUACAAAGGCUGAGAGGAAAAAUUAUGAAAAGGCUGCGCUGAAAUUAGAAGCUACAAAGACUGUGGUGAAAGGUAGCUCAAAGCCUGCCCUAGCCGGAGAAGUUACAAAGGCUGUCAAGAAAGGCGGCUCCAAGGCAGCGCUUAAAGAAGUUGCUGCUAAGAACUCGGGUUUCAAGGCAUCCAAGAUUGGUGGCGCAAAGGCUGCGGUGAAAGAUGAGGCGGCUAAGAAUGACGGUUCAAAGGCUGCAAACAAAUCUGCUACAAUGGAUGAGAAUAAGAUGAAGAUGAAGUCUAUUAUCCAAAAAGACGAUGUCGUAGAUGUUACUGACCAAGUUCAAGAUGAUGCUCUGAAAAUAGUUUCAAGUUCUGAAGACACAUUCUCGGAUCCUGGACAACAACAUGCUAAUACGGUAAUGAAUGCAACAUUGACAGUAAUGGUAGAGAAAAUAAAGAAUCUAGAUGAGGGUAUGACUGUGGGAAGAAGAGUGCCACAAUUGGUUGGUUCUCAAAAGUACCCGUAUGUUGGUAACUCUACAGUGAAGCGCAUCAUUACGGAUGGAGAACCUUCUUCCUUGAUACCUGAUCAUCUUAAACCUGUUUCUAACGCGAAAGUUCAUGAACUGUUUGAUUUUCUCGAGGCAGAUGAAGAGGACGAUCUUCUUCAGACUAGUAAUGGAGAUACGAGAUUCUAUUGGCAAAUUUUGACUCUAAGAGAACAGUGGCCACAUGAAAAAUAUGGAUGGUUGAAAGAUUAUCAUAUGGGUGCUGCGAUGGCUAUGUUCCGCAAAAGGUUGAUGCAUGAGCCUUCAGCGUACCCUAAUCAACGAAUAACUUUCUUGGACCAAUACAUGUUGAGGGAGUUGGCUCAAGAUUACAAGCACUUUUCAGGAGGUCGUAAGUGCUUCAAGUUCAGGGAUUUCUUUGCGGAACACCUCAACGGGACAGCUCCAAUUGAAUCAGCUACUCACAAGAAAUGGUUCAUCGAUGUUGAUCAUCUUUAUGCUUGCCUCUUUGUCAAUGGGGAUUAUUGGGUUGCUCUUGAUAUUGACCUCCCUAUGAAGAGGAUUAACAUCUAUGAUAGCAUCCCACAUUUGACCACUAAACCUGAAAUGUCGAGACAAUGCAUGUUUUUGCGAGAAAUGAUCCCUGCCAUGAUGAGUACUAUGGUACCUGAGGAGAUACGUAAGAAGAGUACUGCAAGGCUGGAAGUGAAAAGAAUUACAAAGAAAGUACCGGUGAAUAAAGAUCCCGACGAUUGUGCUAUCUACACAAUCAAAUACAUCGAGUGUUUGGCUCUUGGGACAUCAUUCGAUGGGCUUUGCGAUGAAAACAUGAAGGCGAUACGUAUUAAACUUGCAGCGGAGCUAUAUGAUGAAGUGAGAGAGACAGCCAGACCGUAUGAGCUUGAUAUGUGUCGUGAAGAAAUCACAAUCCCUCAUCUCGAAGACUCUGAGUAGUUUCUUCUAUUUUAUUUCAUGUCAUCUCGGAUUUGUAGGUUCUAUUUUAUUUCUUUAUUUCUCAGACCUAAUUCUACUAGGUUUUUCAACGUUUAAGUACCUUAUGGUUGGAAAUUUUUAU